AUGGAAGACGAACAACUCCGUGACUGGGGUCUCUACACGCCUGAGAUCCGGUGGAGGGAUCAUCAACACUGGCUCGAGGAGCGUGGGUAUAUCCUUCGCCCUCGCCUCCGUCAUGGCUGGGUACCGUCAUGGAAGGGAACUAAGCAGAGCUGGCUAUUCUGUGAAGACGGCGCGUCUAUAAUAGGACCUUGGGUAGACGCCACUCGCAUCUCGGACGGUGCUAUUGUCGUUCUCAAGCGCAUAUCCAAGAACUCCUUCCCCCACGAAGUCGAAAUAUCUCGCAUGUUCUCUGUUGAACCCCUUGCAUCCGAUCCUCGCAAUCACUGUGUACCCGUUUACGAAGUCAUGCAGUCCCCGCUCGACGACGACAUUGUUUUCAUUGUCAUUCCCUUCCUUCGGCCAUUCGAGAAGCCGCCCUUUCGCACUGUUGGGGAAGCCUUAGAAUGCAUGCGGCAACUGAUUCAGGGUUUGCACCUCAUGCACGAACAUCGUCUUGCUCAUCGGCAAGAUAACAACGUCAUGAUGUCCCCCGUGCCGUUCUUGUCAGAGAUGCCUCACCCUUGCUUUCCAAAGAAGAGCUACGAUUUCCGUCGCAGGAUCAAAUACACCACUCGCACUGCCGCACGCCCCAAAUACUAUUUUAUCGACUUUGGGAUUUCGUACAUAUACCCCAAAGAUUGUGUUGCCCCUCGCGCGCCUCCCUUACGGCUCGGUAUACUGACGGUGCCCGAAUUCCAGGGGUCAGGCCAGGAUAAACUACACGAUCCCUUCCCAGUCGAUAUAUACUGCCUAGGCGAGCUGUUCCGGUCGAUUUUCACUGAGGAAUAUUACGGGCUCAAGAUGUUGGAACCGCUCAUCGCGGAUAUGAUUCAGACGGAUCCCGUCAAACGUCCAACUGCCGCCCAUGUUUCGCUGCGGUUCAACGAGAUUAUCACUUCCGUGCGCUCGUGGCAGUUACGAUCGCGUCUCGUCCGCAAGGAGGAAUUUGGGGUUGUCGGGUUGUUCAAAGCUAUCAGCCAUGCUUUCCGAACGGCACGGUACAUCGUUUCGAGGACACCAGCUCUCCCUACUCCUCCAUCGAGGUGA